UUUUAAAUCUUUCCCAGGGUUGGACAAAUUCGGAUUCGGACCAAGUCCACCCGGACUCAUCACCAUUGGUCGAUCCGGAUAACGCACCUUAAACUCAGGGGCGGAGCUUUCAUCUUCUUCCCAAGCAGCAACCUCUCCGCUCUGCAAAAUGACCCUCUUGAAGUGUUACAGGCCAUUGAUGUCGCUUCUUCACUCGCAGUCGCUAAUCCCAUUCCACAGCCUCAAACUCUUCACCAACUCCGCCACCGGCAGGGCUCUGCCUUUUCCCACCAGAACAACCAGGGUUAGGGUUCGGUGCUUCAGCUCUUCAUCACAGAAUGCGGUUAGAAUUGAGAACAUCAAUAAAGACAAGGAUAAGACUGGGGAUCAGUUGAAGAACCACCAAUUAUGGCUGUACAAUACAAUGAGCAAAGAGAAGGAGCUGUUCAAACCCAAAAUCCCCGGAAAAGUCGGAAUGUAUGUUUGUGGUGUCACUGCAUAUGAUCUCAGUCACAUUGGCCAUGCUCGCGUUUACGUCUGCUUCGACGUUCUCUACAGGUACCUUAAACAUUUGGGAUACGAAGUCAAUUAUGUGCGCAAUUUCACUGAUGUUGAUGACAAGAUUAUUGCCAGAGCAAAUGAGUUGGAGGAGGAUCCAAUCAGUUUAAGCAGACGGUAUUGUGAAGAGUUUCUUCUUGAUAUGACAUAUCUUCAUUGUCUUCCCCCUUCAGUUGAGCCGCGUGUCUCUGAUCACAUGCCCCAAAUAAUCAAUAUGAUACAGCAGAUUCUUGAUAAUGGUUGUGCUUACAGAAUCAAUGGUGACGUAUACUUUUCUGUAGAUAAAUUUCCAGAAUAUGGAAAAUUAUCUGGGCGAAAAUUGGAAGAUAAUAGAGCAGGUGAGCGAGUGGCAGUGGAUACAAGGAAGAAAAAUCCUGCAGAUUUUGCUUUGUGGAAAUCUGCAAAGGAUGGAGAGCCUUUCUGGGAGAGUCCGUGGGGUCCAGGAAGACCUGGAUGGCAUAUUGAAUGCAGUGCUAUGAGUGCGACAUAUUUAGGGUAUUCUUUUGACAUACAUGGUGGUGGGAUGGAUCUUAUAUUUCCCCAUCAUGAAAAUGAAAUUGCACAGAGUUGUGCUGCAUGCAACAAGAGCGCUAUUAGUUAUUGGAUGCAUAAUGGAUUUGUAAACAUUGACUCAGAGAAAAUGUCAAAAUCACUUGGAAACUUUUUCACAAUUCGGCAGGUUAUUGAUAUUUAUCAUCCACUGGCAUUAAGGCUUUUUCUAAUGGGGACACAUUAUAGAUCUCCAAUUAAUUACACAAUUGCUCAGCUUGAGAGUGCAUCUGAUCGUGUUUUCUACAUCUAUCAGACGCUAUAUGAUUGUGAAAUUGUUCUCACCCAGCAUGAUGGAUCAAGUAGAAAGGAUUCAGUUCCCUCAGGAACUGCUGGGUGCAUUGAGAAGUUCGAGAAUGAGCUUUUGAUUUCAGUAUCUGAUGAUCUGCAUACUCCUGUUGCUCUGGCUGCAAUGUCGGACCCCUUGAAGAUGAUGAAUGAUCUAUUGCAUACUCGCAAGGGUAAGAAGCAAGAAUUGCGAAUGGAGUCACUUGCUGCUUUAGAGAAAACUUUAAGGAGUUCUCUGACUCUUCUGGGGCUCAUGCCAAGUAGUUACUCUGAGGCUUUGCAGCAGCUGAGGGAGAAAGCAUUAAAGCGCGCCAAACUGACCGAAGAUCAAGUUUUUCAUAAAAUAGAAGAGAGGGCCUCGGCGAGAAAAAACAAAGAGUAUGAGAGAUCUGAUGCAAUACGAAAGGAAUUGGCUGUUCUAGGCAUUGCUUUGAUGGAUAACCCAGAAGGCACAACUUGGAGACCAACUAUUCCAUUUGCAUUUCAGGAAGAGCAGUUUGCCACAACCUGAUGGCUUUGAUGGAUAGUUUUUUUUUUUUUUUGGAUAAAAUAUGAAGAAGCACACACUUUGUAGGAACAUUUUGUAAUUCUUUCUGCAAGAGAUUUUCACUUAAGGUUUUGAUUUUUAAUUCA